AUGAUGAACGACGAAAUAUCCAAAACAAUACCAUCGACAACGGACGCUAAGGAUAUUUUGGGCAUUAAUGACAUUAAACCAUACAAUGCCGACAGCAAAGCUUUUGAAUAUGUAAUUUCACCAUAUUUUAAUUUGUAUAAAGACAAGGAACCGCACAACUUCUCUAAGAGAAAGUUGAUUAACAUCCUUGAAGAUGUUCACGUAAAUAAUGAAGAGGUGUACAACAUUAUUAAGAAGGUGAAUCUGGAAAACCUUCGAACGAUUGAUGGAAUUCCUUUGGGUUGUAAUAAAAACGUUACAGAUGAAAAUACGGUUCCAAAGAACAGAGCCACGCCGAUUGAGAGUGAUAAUAUCGAAGAAGUAGAUAUUACACGUUCUAAUGCAGACGACAUCUUAAUACCACCAACACAAUUUUUGGACAUCACAUUGACGACUUCCCAGGAUGGUUUACUGAAGAAGAGAGUAUCGUUUGACAUUCCCUCAUCGGUUACCAUAAAUGAAAUAAUAGAAGAUGAGGGUAAAAUAAUUAAUAAUGAUGAAAACGAAGCAAUAGAUCAAACUAUUAAUAGUCAGUUGGAUAUGAGUGUGGCCAGUGAGGAUAGUUUUAUGAAGAUACAAGAUAUGAUUAUAAAGAAACAUAAUUUGGAUCUUUCACCACAAUUCGUCUAUGCAAAAAAUUCUGCACUGCAAAAGAAAGAUGAUAUAAUUGUAAAAUCAAAGUUUUUCCAAAAUGACAAUCUCGGUUCUAAUGAAGUUUCGGACGUUGCAAUGGACAAAGGUGAAGAACCAUAUACCACGAAAAAUGAAUUACAAUCUGACGAAAACCUCAAAAAUUCUAAAAAUACGGAAGAGCUGAAUGAUGGACAUAAUAAUAAUAUACCAAUGGAUGUUGAUGAUAUAGUUGUUUCCAGUCCCAAGGACAGUAAGAAACAUGAAAAUUUAUCUAUAUCUGAUAAAGCCGUGGCUGGACUGUUAUUUACUCAUGGAACACAAGCAAUACCCGAUUCACUGAAUGCAUCCAUGAGCACAACGGGUUUUGAAGAUUCAGAUUUUCCACAUUGCAUUGAUUCAAGCCUACUUCUAUCACCUAAAGCUGAUAUACCUUUAAGUGGUGAGAAUGAUGCCCAAUCACAGGAAGUUCCAAACUUUCUUUCAGGAUUUCGUAAGGCAGGCUUGUCGUUUUUUGGAGGAGGAAGCACAAAUUGUACAGAACCUAAGCCAGAUUCAAGUGCACCUAGCGAUGGAAAUAAUUUUAGUUUCAAUUUCGGUGGAGAAAAGAAAAAUAGAGGAGGCUUGUUUAGUUUAUUCAAUUAA